AUGGAAAGGUUCAACAAAACCUUGGUGACAAUGCUUAGUGCAUUUGUCAACGAGCAUCACACAGACUGGGAUGAAAUGCUGCCGUACGUGACCAUGGCAUAUCGUUCGGUUGAACAAGAAACCACGGGUUGCACUCCAAAUUACCUGAUGUUAGGGCGAGAAGUAACAACACCACUCGACAUACAAUAUGAGAUGCCAGUAGACGACAAAUCCAUACCUGAGAAUGAAUGGGUGUGGACACUUCAAGAACGCAUAGAAGAAGCACAUCGGUUUGUGAGGUUGCAUACCGAUGGCGAAAUGAGGAGGCAGAAGAAAUACCAUGACCAAAAGGCUUACUGGAACCAGUACAAGCCAAAUGACAGUGUUUUUGUCUUCUUUCCAAGAGUCAAACCAGGCAAAUCUAGGACGCUAACGUCCAUGUGGCAGGGACCAUUCAAGGUGAUUGGGAAAUGCACAGACGUUACAUACAAGAUACCUUGUGGGUACCGCGGAAAGCCACAGGUUAUACAUGUAGACCGUAUGAGUACUACGCGGCGAGGAGAAAGUUGA